AUGGGUAGUGGCAUGGCAAUAAAUACUAAAGGUGAUAUUUUGAAAAAUCCUCAAUACGAAAAAGAUAUUGUGCGCUUAUGGGAUUACAACAAUUCUGUAACGAUAAAGAACACGAAGUUUAUUGAAAAUUUUGCCCGAAAUGGUGGUGCAGUCACCAUGGAAAACGGAAUAAUAUAUUUCAAUAAUUGUCACUUUGUCAACAAUUUUGCACAUGAAGGUGGUCAUCUUAUUAACUAUGGCUCAAACAACUUAAAUUUAUUCAAUAGCACUUUUUACAACACAAUAACUUAUAAUUCUUUCUAUACAGAAACUUUCAUACAUACGUACAGCGAAGGACCGUUCAUUUUACACAAUACUACCGCAAAACAAGAAAUAAAGUCAGAUAAUCCUUUGGUCUGGAUUGCAAAUGGCGGGAUUGCGGAUUUUGAUAAUUUUACAAUAUUGCGUUGCCCAGUUGGAUCAAAGAUGAAAAUGUUGAAUCUCUCUUAUAACAAAUGGAUAAAUAGUUAUUGUACAUACCGCGUCACUAUACUUCGCUUUGUAUGUACACAAUGUAAUCCAGGCACGUAUAGCUUACAGCGGGGUCACACAUUAGGAUUGAGACCAGUUCAUCCAUUUUCUUGUCUACCUUGUCCAAAUGGAGCCGAGUGUUUAACAACCAUCAAAUCAAAGCCAAACUUCUGGGGAUAUUUGUGCAAGAAAAAUAAGGCAUCUUUAAAAUUUACCAGAUGUCCUGAUGGUUAUUGUCUUAGAGGCUCAAAAAACCCAAAGCACGGCAACUACAACAUGUGCCAAGGAAAGCGUAAAGGUUGGAUUUGCGGUCAUUGCUCUCCCGGUUACAGCGAAAUUGCAUUCUCAACAGAUUGUAAAUUGAAAGAUUGUUAUUGUAAAUUGACAGAAAAAUGUUUCGAUUAUUGGUUUUGGAUUGUGUUUAUCGUAUUGGCGUUCAGCAUGGCUUUGUUUUUUAUAUUUCAACCACCGAUUGUCACUUUUCUAGUAAAACAGAUAUUGUGGUUCAAAAAUGAAACUGAAGAAAUUGAAAACGAAAGGAUUGAUUCCGUAGGAUUUCUUGAAAUUAUUUUCUAUUUCUAUCAGAUUUCUUCCUUACUGCAAACAGAUACAAACAUAAAGCACCUUUUGAAAGCCCAAAUAAUUAUUCCUGUUCAGAGAUUUUUCAAUUUUCAGGGAGUUCAUUUCGAAGGUGUAUGUCCAAUACCUGGUCUCACAGCAACUGGAAAACAUUUGUUUGAUGUUGCACCUGUAUUUGGAACUUUACUUGCCAUAUACUUUAUCUACAGUCUUCACUUUUUCAUAAGUAAGAUCUUUCGUGCAUACACUCCAAAAUUUAAACAAUACCUGGGGGCAACAAUGCAAACCAUUCUCUUAGGAUAUAAAAAUAUUGCCAACGUUAGUCUUCCACUAAUUCAAUGCGUUCCCAUAAACUCUGACCGUCGUUGGUUUUAUGAUGGUAACAUAUUAUGCUACCAAUGGUGGCAGAUUCUGUUCAUUGCAUUUGACGUUGUUGUAGUAAUUCCCUUCUUCCCGGUGUUAGCCUGGCUUGCCGUGAAAUUGCACAAUGGAAUAAUUUCAACAAAACAAUUCUUUAUCGCUUGUGUUGUACCACUUCCUUUUUUCAUUUUUUGGUCUUUACAGUAUCUCUUGCAAAGGUGUUGUAUUUGUCGAAGUCCUGUAAACAGGACAGUAAACAGUAGUGAGUAUACAGAUACGCUGAAAUCCAUCUUUCUCGCUCCAUUUCGCAAGCCUGAAGAGGGAAAGUCAGGUGCUGUCUACUGGCAGAGCGUUCUUAUUGCACGACGUUUUCUCUUGACAUUUCUUAGUUGUUUUAUCACUGAUCCCACUUUACGACUCAUGUGCAUGGCAAUCAUCUGUGUGCUGGCCUUAUUACAUCAUAACCAAGUGAAACCAUUCCAAAACCCUCGUGCCAACACAGCAGAAACCAUUUCUCUACUAAGUCUUGUAGUAAUGGCUAUCAUUAAUAUGUACAAAUCAUUUUACAGAUUUUCCAAAGAAGAUGUUAGUACAGGAUGGAUGUUCGUAUUUCCAACACUUGAUAUUAUCGAGAUGAUAAUGUUAGGUUUCAUACCUGGAAUAUUGAUUCUUUUGUUUGUAUUAGGGAUAUCAUCAUUGAUGGUACGUUUGGUUUUCAUGGCCAUCGCCACCAUACGUAGAAAAUGCACCGCCAUGACCCAACAUACGAUGAACUGUUGA